UUCACACUUCGUCAAAGCCAGUUACGCCAUUAAUUUUAAGAAUUAGAGGUUUGGAAUUCCAAAUAAAUAAUCUUAGUUUUUAUACUUUAAUGAUACAAUCUAUCGAGUUUCAUCGAAGCUUUCGAAUGAAACAAAAUAUCCCUUAUGUGUUAAUGUAUAUUUAGAGGUAUCCUGAAAUAUAUUUUAAAAAUAUGAGGUACCCGGCAUUUAGUUUCUCAAAAUAUAAACAUGAUGGGUACCUUACCAAUUUUCUCGCACCCUACUCCGCACUCCCAAUUACCGUGGUAUGCUCUAAGAGCUCGCAUCAGCCAUGGCUUCCUGCAUCUCUACAUCGUCUACUUCUUCAAUUCUUCUUCAAACCUCAUCUCACAACUCACAAUUCAAGUCACCAUUUCCGAUUUCAAUCCCAUUUUCCAGUUCUCAUCACCACAGGCCGCUAAGGAUGUGUUGCAAUGCGGCUGCGAAGCAGCAUCCGGGACCCGUGAAGAAGCGGCCGAAUUCCAAAUCAAAGAAGAUGAAGAAGAAGAUGAGUCCGAGUAGCAGUACAGUCCUGGAAGCUGACGAGAUUUAUGAAGAUUCCGAGGGCGAAUCUCAUGACAGAGCUCCGACGCCCUCUGGAGGUUACCCGCAGCUGCCGAAUCCUCCCGCCGGCUUUGUGCUGGAUGAGCAAGGCCGGGUUCUCAUGGUUUCAAACAAACGCCUGUUUACAAUUGUGGAUCCUUCCAAUAAUUUACCAUUAGAAUGUGUUAUCAGGAGGGUAUUCAGAAGUACACAUGGAGUUGAGUGCAUGCUGCUCUGCCCUGUUGAUAUGCCUGUUAUGAUCAUGAAGAGCACAAAUAUCGAGGGGUGGUCAGCUGUCAGCGACGAAGAACUUGACACCAUCCUCCCUACCGCAGCCUAUGCCCUUGCCAAGAUUCACCUGCAUCUUGUACAUAGUGGGUUUUGCUUUACUGCCCGUGGAGGAUUUUGCUAUGCAGAGGAUGACAUUUUUUAUCUAAGCAUGGAUGAUGGUGAGAGCACAGAUGGUGUGCCUACUGAAGGAGUUGAAAUCACAUGCUUCCAUCAUGACGGUUCUCACUACAUGAUUUACACACCCUCAGAUCCACUACUUUUUGUUGCAUCAAAGGAUAAAGAUGGUGUAUUUCGAAUUGCAGAUGAUGAGCUAUUGGAAGACCCAGAAAUUGCAAGUGCAGUUGAUGAGGAGACAGAAUUCAAUGCUUUAGUGGAAGAAGAGGUUGCUCUUUUCGAGUCGCUCUUGGGCGAAAGAUAGUCUGAGGUGAUAAUACUCCGUGAAACCACGUCUUCCCGGAGAAAGGCACUUUCACACAGUCUAUUACACGUGCCUCUUAUUCAACUAAGGGGCUGUUUGGCAACUUCUGAAUGGGUAAGUGCUGAACCAGUAAGAGGUCUGAACCAUUAAGUGCUGAACCAGUAAGAGGUCUGAACCAUUAAGAGCUAGUAUAUUGCUUAAAUAUUCAGAGGCAAAUGUCUGAUCAAUUCAGACAAGAGGUCUUAACCAUUCAGACUCUGUAUAAUACUUAACCAUUCAGAGGCAAAUCUCUUAACCAUUCAGACAUCUGAACCAUUAAGAGGCUGAAACAAACAGUCUGAACCAUUAAGUGCUGAACCAUUCAGACAUCUGAACCAUUAAGAGGCUGAAACAAACAGCCUCUAAGGCGUAAAUAUAUAUUACUCCGAGUACUAUAAAAUUAAAGUACCUAAUAAUUAUGCAUGCACUAUAUGCUAUUUUAGGUUUUUUUGAAACUUUAUUUUUGGGUCUUAUUUUUAACAUAUAAAGCCUGUUUAAUGUUAGUGUUUUAGAUGAUAUUUUAACGUAGAUUAAUCUUUAAUAUAUAAAAUAAAAAAUUGUUGUUAGGGAACAUUUUUAAAAUAUUAAAAUCAAACGUCAAAUAAAAUCUUGGUAACUUUCUGUCUUCGCCUAAAUGAGUUUUAUAGUAUUCAUUUUAAAAAAAUUAACAAUAUUCUUUAGACCCACAAAAAAGCUGAAAGAAUUUUUUCAUUAUUUGAAAAAAAAAACAGGUUCUUUGAAUCGGUGCAAUCAUUUUGCAUACUCAUGAUAUUCUCACUCAUAAUGGAAUGGGAAUUGGGAAAACCAAAAAGUGUUUCUUUUGAACUGUGGGUAAAUUUCAGUAAUGGUACCUGAACUUUAGCUGGAAUUUCGAAGUGGUACCUGAACUUCAAAUCCUUUCACAAAAAUCCCUGAACUUACACAAUCCUUUCACUAAUGAGCCAUUAGCCCGUUUCUAGGUUAACUUCCGGUCAUUAGGGCCAAAUU